AUGUCUCUCACCGCCACAACGACAACGACCAGCAACGCGACAACAACACCCACCUCGAUCUCACUGCUCACAAUCACCACGCCAUGGGUGGAGCCGUCAGACUGCGCGUCCCAGUGGACGACCAGCACCGUGUCCUAUGAAAUGUACGGGGGCACCACCGUCACACAAGAGUACACCAUUUCCAGCCCCGCGGCGACAUGCUAUCCUUCUGGGUGGGACAGCUUUGCCCCGGAGCACCGUCUCAGGUUUAGACCGGGCGUAUGUCCCGACGGAUGGGUUUACAACGACAUGGCCGAGCCUAUAACCCGAGUGGUCUCGACGGCUCAUUGCUGCCAGAGCGGCUUCGAUCGCUUGGGGACCCAAACUUUGAGAAGCCUCUCAACGUUGGCUCCCCUAUGUGCAAAAUCAGAGUGGACAACCGCAGGCACGAGGUCGGGACCAAGAACCUUGGUGCACGAUGCCUGGAUCGUGACCUGGGCCAAAUCUGACACGGCGACGUUGACGCCCAAGCUGCCGACGCUGACCAGCGGCAUGAGGGUGCACACGUGGACGCCCGGUGAGAAAACUCCCAAAGGCCGAGACGACGCGAACAAGGUGGACAACGGCGUCCAGUACAUGCGCCAGGGUGUGCUGUGGUUCUUGAUGGUUGGAAUGCCCAUCAUCGGGGCUCUCAUGAUCAGCUCGUGUGUGUGGUGCUGUGUGCGGAAGUGCAAGAAGAACAGGCGGGAGACGAGGGCCAUCAAGGCCGCAGCAGCAACAUAG